GCCAAUCGAACCAGAUUUCGAACGUCCCCUUCGGCCCCUUGCAGUGGUGUAACGGACGUUACUGCCAACAUAGAUUGUGCAGCUGGACCGAAGAAUAUGUACGACAGGCAGAGAGGCUAUCACGACGACAGACGGCGCUAUGACGCCGGACCACCUCCGCGGUCGUACCCUCCCGCGCGCCCUCACCCUGCGCCUGAUCCGUACUACCCACCGCGGGAUACUCGCGAGGACUACAGAGACUAUCCUCGAGGAAGGGGACCUCCUCCACCCGGGCCGCCAAGGGAUCCGUAUCCGGCAGCGCCAGCAGCGUAUGCCAGGGACGAGCGCUAUUCAGAAUACCCGAGGGACGCGUACUAUGACCGAGAGAGAGAUAGAGCGAGGGCAUGGGAAGACUAUUAUGCGCAGACGGGGGCGGACUCUGAGCCGAUGAGGGGGGCGUAUGCGGAGGAGCGGAGGAGAGGCGGACGGUACGAGGAUUUCAGGGACAGGGAUUACCGCGACAAUCGACGACCUCAACACCCUGCUUCUGGCGAUGACAGAGGAUGGAACAGGAGGCCGUCCCACUCACCUCCAGACCGACGUAGAGGUGGUCGACGGAGCCCGUUUAAGGAAAGCAGGUUCCGACGUCGGUCACCUUCGCCGCCUAGCCCAGCCCCCAGGCGGCUUUCCCCUCCACCAGCUGACAUCCGGCGCUCUCGCGACCGAUCGCCAUCUCAGUCACUGGCACCCCCGCCUAAACGGCCGAAACUUGACGAUGCAGCAUCCCAGGGUCCGGUACUGUCGGGCAGCUCGCGCCAUCUGAAUGAUCCUCCGAUGAACCCCUUGGAAGAUGCAGCCGCUCAGGUGCCUGCGAUCGCUCCAACGACGCCUGAUAGGAAACAGGAAUCGCCGUCUCUCAUCUUAUCACCACGCCUCCGACGCCUAUCCCGAGAUACGGACACCAACGCCGAUGCCGCGAUCCCUGAGCCGAAGCAAGAGGAUGCCAAACCAUCUAUUCUUCCUGAAGGGUCCUUCGCCAGAGACAAGGGCAAGGGCAAGGAGAUCCUUCCUGACACCAAGGUCGUCGAUGUGAAAUCGGAAGAACUUCAUGCUCAGUUCCAAACCACUUCUAGAUCAGUUGUACCGUUACCGAAUCCAUCCGCAAUGCAGCCACCCAAAGGCCCACGUCACGGAAUCCUGCCAUCUACGUCGACGGGUGCUCAAAGCGCCGCCCCUUCGUCUGCCAUGGAUGCGUUACCAACGGGACCGAGAACCUCCACCACCCAAUCAUUCUCGUCCACGGCACAGCCGGCCACCCCUACGGGCUGGGAUCAGCAUCCUCCCGCGGGGUCGGACUCGCUCGCACCUUCUCCCGCCAGCACCAAUCCUUGGGGUGCGAGUAAUAACGGCUCCUGGGGAAGACCCUUGCAUCCGGUCUACAAAGUCCCUUACCCUGUCAUACCGAAAUUCGUGCCCUCGCCCACGCCGGAGGAGGUCGCCGAGCAAGAAGCGAAGGCGAAAGGAAAGGGCAAUGCGCAGGGAAAGGGCGGCAACGCGCAAGGCAAGAGCGCCGACGGCAGCCAGGAGACCAAGCCCUCCGAAACCCACGAAGAACGGCGGGCGAAGUUGCGCGAGAAGAACACGUCGGAUUAUCUGUCUAUCUACAAGGCGACACAGCGCGCACUCCACGAGAUGGAUCUUGCGCGCGUGGACAUGAGGAUGGCGGAGCAGCGAAGGAUGGUCGCGGACGCGCAGUUGGAGCUGGCGAAGGCCGGGACGUUAGGGAUCGAGUAUCCGGGGGUCAGCGCAUUACCGACAGCGGCAGAUUGA